AUGGCCGAAGCCGGCGGCUCUGGAUCAAUUCAAGUGGGGCAGAGCAGCACGCCGAUAAUUGUGGCGCCAGGUCCUUCCUUAGUGACGGCAUCGGCCGACAUAGGUUAUGCAGAAGAUGCACCGGCCGGCGGAGCGGUCGAUGUGGACAUGACCGAUGCCAGCGGGGAUGCUAUUGUCUGCGUUCAUUCCGCUGGCGCUUCUGAUCCUCAUGGUGAUUCCUCAGCUCUUGAAACAGACGACGACCGGAAUGAAGGCGGUGGAGAUGGUGAAACCGGCCCUAGUACCUCUGGAAUAACUGUCGACGAUGUGACCGCCUGGCCUGCCGUGCACGCUCUAGCAACUAUGGCACAUGCGCCAUCCCCAGGACUCACUGUGACUUUCGAUGUAGACUCUUCCCAAGAGACAGCAAGCUUGGGGCCUAGCUCCGGUGAAGCUGCGGCAAACAGUGCGAGUGAUAUUUCAGGCGAUCCUCCCGACACUUUCCCCGGUUCAGUCAGCGAUCCCGGUGAGAAUGAGGCCAGUCAUGGCGGCGAGCUUCUGAAUGAAGUACAGGGCCCAUCAUCUCAGAGUACGGUCGCCCAGUCCGUCCCUGCCAACCAGAGCCUCCCACAAGCGAGCCAGCCAGUGCAUGCUCAAGUGGCACAAGAUGAACCGGCACUUUCAACACAGGCGGUGCAUCCAGUUCCAACCCAGGGCUCCAAUAGUGGACCUUCUCCCUCCCAGCAGCAAAACAUACACACUCUCGGCGCGUCCGCUCCAUCUCUACAACCGGUGCAGGCACUCAGUCAUGGGCAGACAUCGCAGCCAUUUGAUAGUCAAGGCAACGAUAUACAAACAUCACCCUACGGACAUGUGCCAGACACAACCACAACAGCACAAAGCGGACUAGCCGAUCAGGCGGUGUUCGAUGACUUUUUUGCAGGUAUAACCAUGGAGAUUGGCGUUACAGAUGACCUUCAGAUCACUGGAACAGCUAGUGUGCACUUUGUGUCGACGGCAAUCGAUGAACAAGUCGACGAAGAACCAAGCAGCCUCGCCACCGUCUCUACAGGCAUCAUCAACACUGUUGAGAGUGAUGAAGUGAGCAAGCCGAUCACAUGCAUCCGCAGCCAGGAUCUGUAUGGCGACCUGCACGACCUUCAGGGCAUCAACUGGAUUGCGAUGGGGGUCACUCGCAAGCAGGCCCGCGACUUCCGGCUUCAAUCUUUUCACAACUAUGUGAGCUUGAAGGAUUCUGACAAGGCUGCUGUUCGUCCCGAUGACAAGAUGCCGUGGAACUCGGAGUCGUACUUCCGAUUUCGCAAGAUGUACGUGAAAACGACAGUUCACCUGGCCCAUUUCCAGCUGCGCAACCUAUUGGCAUGCACGACACGGUCGACCGCUUUCUAUUCGCAAUGUCGCGGCGUUGUGCGCAAGAUCAACACUCUGACGGGGGCUGAGAGCGUAGCCAUGCGAUUCAAUGAGCAUUCGAACGUGCAGAUCUCGACAAUCGCGGCCGACCUGAACGUUCUAGUUGCCGGUGGUUUUUCUGGCGAAUACUGCAUCUCUGACCUCACUUCCGAGUGCACAGUUUCUACGCAACUCGUCGGGGCCGCUUGCCGGCCCUUUGCGUCCAACGACCUCAGCCUUCGGGUUCUGGAUCUCAAGACGGGCAAGGUGAUAUCCGCGGUGCAAUUUCCGUUUGCGGUGAACUGCACGGCCAUCUCUCCAGACCGCCGUCUGCGUGUGGUGGUGGGCGACUCGCUCAACGCAUACAUCAUUGCUGCGGAGCCGGAGCGCAGUUUAACGCGCCGAAACAACGCGCGACGGCCAGAAAUGCUAAAUGUGCUCGGGGGCCAUAAGGACUAUGGGUUCGCAUGUGCAUGGGCCCCCGAUGGAUACACGCUGGCAACGGGCAACCAGGACCGGACCAUCAAGGUCUGGGAUGCACGAAAAUGGAACGACGCACAGGGCCAGUCGACACCGGUGGCCACACUCUUCACCGAGAUGGCGGGUGUACGCAGCCUUCAGUUCUCGCCGGCCGGCUCUGGCAAGCGGGUGCUUGUGGCUGCGGAGGAGGCGGACUUUGUCAGCGUGAUUGACGCGGAGUGUUUCCGGACAAGCCAGGGGCUGGAUAGCUUUGGUGAGAUCAGCGGCGUGUCUCUGACGAAUACGGGACGAGAUCUGCUGGUCCUCUGUUCGGACAGGACGCGUGGCGGGCUGCUGAAGUUUGAGCGGUGCGACACGGAGAACACGCUGGCCAACGGGGGCGGAGUGACUGGGCGCAACCAGGUGCUGGAGAUGCGUCGGCCAGGUUGCAGCCAGCUGGACUGGCCGGGUCAACAGGAUGAAGUUCCGCGGCGGGUGAAGCAGCGCACGAACCGUCUGCGUCUGCGGGCGGCUGCAGCCCUCGACAUGGAGCCGUUUUAA